AUGUCGAAUGCGAGGAAUGGAAAAGGAACUGGCGGGCGACCGCAGGGUCCGCGCAGAGAUGUGCUGGCUUCACUCAAAAUGGCCUCUAUGGAGGAGGUGAUCUCCAGGGCUGCUCUCCCUGCGGAGAUCAUGUCCUCGAUUAUCGAUUACCUCUCCCCCGUCGACCUCAUUCGGGCAGCGCGAUCGUCGAGGCUCUUGCGAGAGAUGGCAUACGAUGAUACACGAUGGGUGCAUAAACUAAAACGGAUGGGCUGCUGGGAUGAAUUGGAGGCUAGGAAACAUGUUGAACAAGCGCAUGGGACCAUUGCCGACUUGAAAAGCGUCAAGAAACAGGAAAUAGCAGAGGAAACCGGGGAAUCUCCGGCCCAUGCUGGACAACACAACUCUACACCAGGUGCUCAAUCACUUUCGGAUGGAUUCGACCAGAUCAACCUGUCUACAACUGCGGCGACCGACACAACAGAUGAAUUGGAACAAAAUGCGGUUCUGGGUGCACUGAAGCUGGCCAGAUCGGUGCGUGGAGAGGCGCGCCAGGAGUUUGGCAAGGUCUAUGCGGCACUGGCACCAUUCUACGAUGACAUCGGCAAUUCCGGGCCCUCACCUGAUAAUCUUUUAUUCAAGACAUACCAUGAUCCUCUACACCAAGCCCGGAUUCUGUCCCAGCUGCAGCAAUUUUCUAAAUGUGACACCACCGAAGGUUGGCAAGGGAGGAUUGAGAACUUGCAAGCCGCCGUGUCAACAUUCGAGACAGAUGCCUUGAAGGAAUUCAGACAAGGAUACGAAACUGAAGAUAUUGAAGGGUUGAUGCGAAAGUACGCAAGUGUUCUUUGUACCUUGAACGGCGGACAGUCCGCAGUUGAAUUGUUCAUCCACCAUAAUCAUUUGGUGACACGAAAGUCUGAUCUUGGGAGAGUAGCAGACUGCUUUGAUGAUUCCACUUACCAGGUGAAGCUGGAACAUACCCAAGCAUUUUUUACGCGAUUGAGCGUGGCUUACAACGAGGAGGUUUCAGUCAUCAAUCGCGUCUUUCCUUCGUUAGUGAAUGUUGCUUCCCAGUUCGUGGAGAAAGUAGGACAGGAUGUGUUGUAUCCAUUCAUGACUGCCCUCUUUGAUGAAUUACAUCGCACCAAUAUCGAGUCUUAUUUGAAUGCGGUUUCUGUGACCUUCGUGCAAUGCACGAAUCUGUCGGAGACGAUGCUGCCAAUUCGCAACUCACCGGAUAGUUUCGAUGAAUUUCUGUACCAUGUCAUUGCUAAAGUGUACGAGCCACACAUUGAUCUGUAUCUUGCAGAGGAAGUGGAUUAUUUCCGCAAGAACUCUGAAGCCGCAGUGGCAGAAUGGGAUAGACAGCUAUCGGAACAGGCCGCAUCCACUGAAUCUUUCCUAAUGUCAAAUAUCAACCGGCAAGCUGAUAAGCGGGACUUCCUGACGUCGUUCAAGAAAGUGAUCAUGAUGCCUGUUAAUAUUCUUCCAAGCUUCUCCGCCAAAUCAAACGAGCCAAAGCCGGAUGAGAAUUCGGCCACCAGUGAUACGUCCUCGCUGAAAAGCCCCAAUCGCUUCUCCACCAUUGCCUCGCCCAAACCAGCUGUGUUGGCAGAAGCCCCGAAAUCGGAGCUUGAUGCAAAAGCUGCCCUUAUGAAAACGAAACUUGAAGGCAUUCGGUCUCUGUUUAGCAUUGAAGUUGCGUUGAGUUUGGUUCAUUCUGCCAAAUCGAGCUUGGAGCGAGCGGCACAGUUUAGGAAAAUUGGUGGUGAGACAGGCGUUGCUGUCAAAAAGCAAUGCGAAGCGAUAUUUGUAGCAUUGCUUCGCAUCCUGGGACACCGGCAUGUGAUUGUUGGCUUCAACAACGCAGUCGACCAUCUUUCAAACUACCGGCCACGCGAGCAAGGGGACCGCGAUCAGUCAGGCGUCGAGCCCCUGGUGACAUUUUUGGAAUUGGUAAAUGUUGGCGACUUGAUUCUUCAAAUGAUGGAUGUAUUCUAUGAGCAAGAACUGGUGGCCACGAAGCUCACCCAAAAAGAUGAUUUCCUUGACCCUGCUGUGAAGGAAAAGAAAAAGUUCGAACAGAUGCUUGAUGAACGUGUUGCGGCCGGAUUGAACAAAGGUAUCGAUGUGCUCAUGGAAGAAGUCGACUACAUUCUAGCAACUAGACAACUGGCUACGGACUUCAACCCGGGAAUAUCAACUGAUCCUUACCGACAGACGAUGGAUGUCGGUAUUAGCGAAGCGGCCUCAGCCGUGGUUGACGUGGUUUCAUCACACACGCAAAUGCUGGUAGGAAGCACAGACAAAAGCACACUCGAUGUGUUCAACCAAGAGGUUGGGCUACGUCUAUUCGCUGCUUUGUGUAAACACCUGAAGCGUCAGAGGAUCAGUAUUGAAGGAUCCUUGAAGCUAAUCAGCGACAUGAACCACUAUUUCAAAUUUGUUCAGACACUUAGAAAUGGUGAUCUACUUAUUUACUUCAAAGCCUUCCGAGAACUCUCACAGAUAUACCUGAUUGACCCGGCACACGCUAAAGAUCUAGCCACGAUUAUUGCGGAUGCGGAUCGGUUCCAUGGCAUUUGGCGCGUGGAGGAAGUGUACGAAUUCGCCGAGCGACGAGCGGAUUGGUACCAAGUGAAACGCGAUGUGGAACGAGCCAUGUAUGGAAUUGGAUGUAGCGUUAUGUGA